AUGAGGACCCUUCACUACAUUCAAUUAGCCUUUAAUUCCCUUUUAGGUUGCGCUUUUGUCAAGUUCUCCAGCCAAGCUGAGGCCCAAUCGGCCAUUGUUGCCCUCCAUGGCAGCCAAACGAUGCCAGGCGCUUCUUCCAGCAUAGUCGUGAAGUUCGCUGACACAGAAAAGGAGCGUCAUUCACGAAAGCUUCAGCAGCUAAUUGGUCCCUUGGGCGUGUUCAAUCCGGCUCUCGCCCUGUCCCAACUCGGCAACACCGCCUAUACACAAAUCCUUGAGAAUCUUUCGCAAACCACUGGAUACAUCAAUCCAGUAGCGGCGCUAGCUCUACAAUUGCAACAAGUUCAGCAGCUGGCCGCAGCCACCAACCCCGCAGCUAUAGCCGGACUGGGCUUGAGUCCUGCCCAAGGCCUACCCCUAUUUCCAUCCCCAGCGGGUCCCAAUGGUCCUCCAGCUACAGCCGGUACUCAUCAGCAUCAUCCACAAGCCACCCACCUGGGCGGGAACAGUGCAAAUGGCGUUGGAGGCCACGUCCAAAACAGCGCAGCAGCAGCAGCGGUGAACACUGCUCCACCAAUCACAGUUGCAGCUGCAGGUCCAAACCAAUCAGCAGCAGCGGCUACUUCUGGUCCACCAAUUAGCCUGUGCAAUGGUGGCGCGGCUGCACUUAGUGCCGCAUUGGCGGCCAAUCAACAGAACAAUAUGGCAUUGGCGGCUGCAGCAUUGGUUGCCGGAGCAGGACUUAAUGGUAGGUGA